GCAAUUUUUGAUGAAAUAGUGAAAUUGCUUCUAUAUUUCUUUCUUUCUUUUUUGAUGAAAUAGGAGUUUUUUUUUCCUCAAUCAGACGUCAAUUGUUCAGACAUCGGACAGAUACGCUCACCGAAGACACGUACUCUGAUACACACAAUAAAAUAACCUUCUUCCUAAUUGGCUUUAGCUUCCCACAUGCGCCCUUCCAGUUUCCUUUCGCUAACCUCGCGGUUUUUGGAACCUGUGAAACUCGUCCUUUCACUCCCACAAUCCUCACUCACUGCUUCCAUUUCCUCCCACUAUUUACCCAAUUUUUAGGGUUUCUGGUAUGCUUAAAAUCUGUUGAUCCAUUUCUCCUGCAAUUUCCAAAUACUUCAUUAUCUUCCACUUCCUCGUUUCUAACCUUUUGCGGCGGUUAUACUAGGGAUGGGGAGACGAAACUCCAUCGUCAUUUCCUCAUCAGACGAUGAAGAUUACAAGGCUUUUUCUAGGUUGAAACGGAGCUACGAGAAGCCGAAAUCAAGGUCCUUGAUCACUGGUGUGAACCCUAGUAGAGCCAAGAAACCUCGACUUUCGAGCUCUUGCUUAAGUAAAGAAUAUAGCAAUGUAGAUGAGAAGGAGCACUCCAAAGGAAUUGUGGGUUGAUAAAUACAAGCCUCGUUCUAUGGAAGAGCUAGCUGUUCACAAGAAGAAGGUCGAAGAAGUUAAGUCGUGGUUUGAGGAAAGAUUAAGGACUCCAAAGGGUGAGGUUGGUAGCUCUGUUCUCAUAAUAACUGGGCAAGCUGGGGUUGGAAAAUCUGCAACUAUCCAUUUGAUUGCAUCUCAGAUUGGGGCUCAAUUAUGUGAAUGGAACACACCUACUCCCACAAUUUGGCAAGAACAUGUUCAUAACUUGAGUGCAGGGAUAAAUUACACUUCUAAGUUGGAUGAGUUUGAAAACUUUAUUGAAAGAGUGAGGAAGUAUGGUUUGAUCUCUUCGUCAUUCAAUGGGAACUCCAAGUCAUCAAGUAUACUGGUGAUUGAUGAUCUUCCUGUAACUAAUGGAAGAGCAGCUUUUGAAAGACUUUAAAGGUGCUUGGUUCUUCUUGUGAGAUCAACAUUGGUACCAAUAGCUAUAUUGAUUACCGACAAUGGUAAUGCAGAUUCAUCAGACCUCACCACAAGAUGGUUCGAAGAACUUCAAUUAUCACUUGAGAGUGCUGGGGCUAGUAGGGUUUCAUUUAAUCCUAUAACAAAUAAUUCCAUCAAGAAAACACUCUCUAGAAUAUGCAGACAGGAGCAAUGUAAUGUGCCAGUUGAAGAGAUUGAUCUGAUUGCAAAAGCCAGUGGAGGUGACAUCAGACAUGCAAUUACAUCUUUACGGCUCUUCUGUCUGCAACCCGAUGUGGAACUUGAUUUAUCUUCAUCCAAUUCUACUCUCAGUUACCCAAAAGAAAAUGCAAAUGAUCUCAAUUCUUUCAGUGGUGGAUUUUCUUCACAAUAUGUCAGAGAUGAGACGCUGAUGCUUUUUCAUGCACUGGGAAAAUUCUUGCAUAACAAAAGAGAGACCGAAAAUGUAGUUGUGUUAGACCAAAAUGCAUUUUUUGUAGGGGAGAAAUUCUCAAGACUUCCAUUUAAAAUGGAUUCUCCAGAAAAGAUACUUUGCCAAGCACAUGGGCAAUCAAGGCCCGUUACUGAUUUUCAUCUUGAAAAUGUUCUGGAUUUUCUGAAUGAUGAAGCAAUGGAUGAUGCAUGGGCUGUGGCUUCAUAUCUUAGUGAUGCUGACUUGCUUCUUUCUUCUUUUCGAGGAGUGUUAGCUAGACAUAGUGAGACAGAGAAUGUUCUGCAGUCAACUGCUGCUUCAGUCGCAGUUCGCGGAGUUCUUUAUGGAAAUUAUCAUCCAUCACCUUCAAGAUGGCAUGCUAUUCGCAAACCAAAGCUUUGGCAGAUAGAGCAAUCGAUAUCUCACAAUCAGAAUGAGAUGCUAAGGCAGAGAUUUGUCGCGGAUGGAGGAUCAUCUAACUUAUCUGAAGUAUCAGUUAUAGCUACAGAGUAUACACCUGUAUUAAAAUGGCUUGGUUAUAGAUCAUCUGGAGGUCUUUAAACUCAUGACUCAGAAGAGGACGAGUCUCAGAAAAUGAGUAUAAAUGAACAAGAAAGCAAAAUUUCUGAUGAUAUAGAAGAUUGGUGAGAGAUACUGCUUUCUCAAGGAACAAGCUUUGGUCCAGAUUAACUAUUCAUUAUAAAAUAACGGUUUGUGCCCAUUUUUUUUUUUAACUCAAACAUAUGUAAAUUUUUUCCUUUGUAAAUAUCCUGUUCUGUUGAUUCUUGGAUUGUAAAGUACCCGUUAGUUAUUAGCGAUAGCUAAAGGAGAAAUAUAGAAAUGUGGUUUUUAAA